CCGGCGGCUGCGAGCCCGGUAGCUGGCUAGCAGGACGCUGCUGUGGAGCACCGGGGGAAGAUGAAGCUCCAGGCUAGAGGCGGGUGAAAGAGGAAACGGCUUUGUGUCCAGAUUCGGUGUAAAUCUGGCCCCGUUUUUAUGCACCUGUUGAGAACCUGCACGUCCCAGCGCUUAGUUUUCUCAUCUCCAAGGUGCCCUGUCGUUUGAGGCCUCGGUGUAGCCCCUCAGUUCUCUACAUUCUUCCAGGAGCAGCAGAAAAUGAUCACAUCCCAGGGAUCACUGUCAUUCAGGGAUGUGACUGUGGGCUUCACCCAGGAGGAGUGGCAGCACCUGGACCCUGCUCAGAGGACGCUGUACAGGGAUGUGAUGCUGGAGAACUACAGCCACCUCAUCUCAGUAGGGUUUUGCAUCCCUAAACCAGAAGUGAUCCUCAAGUUGGAGCAAGGAGAGGAGCCAUGGAUAUUGGAGGAAGAGUCCCCAAGCCAGAGUGUCCCAGAAUUAAUUAGUAGCAGUAGAAACUAUUCAAGAAAGAAGUUUGAUGAGUUUAACAAAGGUAGAAAAUGGUUCCAUGAUGAAAAGCAUGAAGGAAUUCACUCUGAAGAGAAACCUUAUGAAUAUAAUAAAAAUGGGAAUGGCCUCUGUCUUAAUGAAGACUCUGUUCAGCAUCAAAAAAUUCAAAUUUUGGAGCAACCUUUUGAAUACAGUGAAUGUAGGAAAGCUUUCCAUGAGAAUUCACUCUUUGUUAUACAUAAGAAUCCUUACACAGGACAAAACACCUGUGAAUACACUGAAUACAGAAAAACCUUCUGUGAUAUGUCAUCUCUCUUUGCUCAUCAGAGAACACAUCCAAAAGAGAAUCAUUAUGAAUUUAAUGAAUGUGGAGAAAAUUUCUUUGAGGAAUCCAUUCUCUUUGAACAUAAUGUUCACCCUUUGAGCCAGAAGUCAGAUCUCAUUCCAAUUCAGAGAAGCCACUCAAUUGACAAUAUUAUUGGAUAUAAUGAAUGCGGAAACUUUUUCAAUGAAAAAUUAGUCUUUGGCAUACAACAGAGCAUACAAACAGGAGAAAAACCCUAUGAAUGUCAUGAAUGUGGAAAAACCUUCAACAAGAAGUCAGCCCACACAAGACAUCGGAGAACCCACACUGGGGAAAAAUCCUGUGAAUGUCAUGAAUGUGGGAAAACUUUCUGCAAGAAUUCAGACCUCAUUAAACAUCAGAGAAUUCAUACAGGGGAGAAACCUUAUGAAUGUCAAGAAUGUGGGAAAUCCUUCAGUGAAAAGUCAACCCUCACCCAACAUCAUAGAACACACACAGGGGAGAAACCAUAUGAAUGUCAUGAAUGUGGAAAAUCCUUCUCAUUUAAGUCAGUCCUUACUGUACAUCAGAAAACACACACAGGGGAGAAGCCCUAUGAAUGCUAUGAAUGUGGGAAGGCCUUUCUCAGAAAAUCAGACCUCAUUAAACAUCAAAGAACUCACACAGGAGAAAAACCUUAUGAAUGUAAUGAAUGUAGGAAAUCCUUCUCUGAGAAGUCAACGCUCACUAAACAUUUGAGAACUCAUACAGGCGAGAAGCCCUAUGAAUGUACUGAAUGUGGAAAAUUUUUCUGCUACUACUCGGGUUUCACAGAACAUCAGAGGAGACAUACAGGAGAGAAACCUUUUGGAUGUAAUGAAUGUGGGAAAAACUUCCGUCAGAAAUCAGCCCUAAUUGUUCAUCAGAGAACUCACGUAAGACAGAAACCCUAUGAAUGUAAUGAAUGUGGAAAGUCAUUCUGUGUGAAGUCAAAACUCACUGCACAUCAUAGAACACACACAGGGGAGAAACCCUAUGAAUGUAAUGUUUGCAGGAAAUCAUUCUAUGUGAAGUCAAAACUUACUGUACAUCAGAGAACACAUUUGGGAAGAAACCCUAUAAAUAUAAUAAAUGAGGGAAGUCACUCUGGGUGAAGUCAAGAGUUUAUAUAACAAAUAACACAAAGCAGGGAGAAAAAUCUAUUAAGAUUUUGUGAACAUCUUUGGUCUAAAGUCAGUUCUCGUAAUACAGCAGAGAACUUACAGAGGGAAGAAAAUAAUACGAAGGUAUUCUGGACAUAGGAAAAUUUUCUACUGGAAUUUGAACCAUACAGUGCAUCAGAAAGCUCAGAGUACAGAAAACCUAUUGGUGAAUGAAUACAGGGAACCUUCUGCCCAAAGCCACACCUCACUAAACAUCAGAGAAAUCACACAGGGUAGAAACCUCUAUCAGUAUUCAUAAAGAAGACUUCAUUCACAGGCCAGAGAAAAUGCACAAACUAUAUAGCAAAUUAUAGGAAAGCAUUUACUAUGAGUUGGUGUCUUAUUGGACUCGUGUGAAAUGUUUGAAGUAGCAUUUCAGUGGAUAUCAGAUAGUAAUUUA